CCAGGACUGUAGCCCUGCCGUAGGGGGCUUUGGCAUGGAGACCAACGUGCCACUAGUGCCUAGCAUGCACGGGAUUGGGCCGGGGCCAGGUGAAGAGGUUGAGGCACCAGCGGGCCGGGAGGUGGUGGGUCCCCCCUUCACCCACCAAGAUGAGUCGGAGGGUCGUUCGGAGGUAGGGUUGGACGCAGGUGGAUCAGCGAUGUCAGGAGAAGGUGCGGCAGUGGCUCAGCCGGUCCGAGCCCCCCUGGGACUAACGACCCAGGAGGGUGGCAGCGAUGGAGGCGGUGGCGAUGGUGACCGGGCAGCAUGCAGGGGGGCCACUGGCAGGGCGGCGGUGGAUCAUCCGACUGUGGUGCAAUGGGUCAAGGCAACAGUGAUGCGGCGGUUGUAUUUUGCUAUGUAUUUGUUAUGAAGUCUGGAUGAUGCUAAAGACAUGCACAAGUAUAUGAAUGUAUUAUAGAAAAAAUUCUGAAUUCUACUACUUGGAUUGUUAUCAUCCUCAACUUGCUGGAGAUGUCCCUGCUAUUAGAGCUGGCUGAGGAAUGUUUGUCACGUGCAAUGGAUUUGAGUGGAUUAUUGCUUCUUUACUCUGCUCUUGGUGAUGCCAAUGGAAUAACCAAACUUGCAUAUCUUGCUAAAGAGCAAGGGAAAAACAAUGUUUCAUUCCUUUGUCUAUUUUUGCUAGGCAGAUUGGAAUAGUGCCUUCAGCUAUUGGUUGAGAGCAAUCGUUUUCCUGAAGCAGCAUUAAUGGCACGAUCCUACCUGCCAAGCAAAGUCUCUGAGAUUGUUGCAAUUUGGAAAAAUGAUCUGAGCAAGGUCAAUCAGAAAGCUGCUGAGUCUUUGGCUGAUCCUGAAGAGUACCCAAAUCUAUUUGAGGACUGGCAGGUUGCUCUUGCCAUCGGGUCUAAUCUUGCCCAUGACAGGGGUGAUUAUCCUCCUGCUAAGGAAUAUCUAAGCUAUGCUGAAAAGUCAAAGAUCAAUCUUGUGGAAGCAUUCAAAGUCAUGCGAGUAGAUGAAGGGAAUUUGCCACUUGCAAAUGGAGAUUCUGGCCAUGAGGUAAUGGAUGAGAAUAUAGAAGAGGAUGGCCAUGUAGAAGCUGUCGAAGCUGAUGCCGAUGAUUCUACAGAUAGUGCAAUCCUCAUCAAUGGGAAUGAGGGUGAAGAAGAGUUGGUUAAAAAUAUUGAACAAACUCCAUCAGCCUAAGAGCAGUUGGCUUGACAAGUGUGAAAUCCAAGUUUUGUCCUAUGGUGAUCAAUCAAUCUUUUCUCAUAAUGUGUAUGUUCUCUUAACGUACUCUCUCUAGUCUCUCUAGCAUUGUGGCUUUCUUUAGUUAUAGUACGGGUAGUAUUAAAGAAUUGGGUCCAUGAAAAGGCUGGACUGGGGCCUCUUGUCAAAGCUGCAACUGGAUAAUGAAAGACUAUCCAAAGAGAGACCCAAACUGCCUCCACUUUGAAAAUAUGCAGGUGGUGGUUGAUUAGGUUUAAAAAGUGACAUACAUGGCAUGGUCAUAUUUGAUAUCCCUUAUUGUUUGAUGUUAGUCUUGAAUUGCUGUUGACAAGUAGCGUUGCAGAAUUGGUUUCUCAUUUUCAUGUAAUAUUCUUUUGGCCUGAAAUAAUCAUGAUUUUUGUGUGCACUUAUUUGUAAAUGUUGGAAGCAUAUGUUUUUGUUUUGCUGUGUUAAUAUGGGGGGAACAUAAUAGGGUUCCACUAUUGCUAUAUAAUUUAUAUAGCUGGAACACGACAGUCUCUAUUGUCAAAUAUUAACUGGAUUGUUUUUCAUCUACAUGGUCAAUCUAUUACCAUCCAGCCUUCUCCCAACUACUCAUAAUCAGCUUUUCCCCUAAGUCAUCAGCAUGAUACAAUUACCUAUUUGAGUGGGUACUUAGAAUGGUGCAAUAAGAUGAGAUUGUCUUGAAGAUAUCAUGUCACUAUGAUACCGAUGUUUCAUUUUACUUGUGAAAGACACUAAUGCAGAAUUAUAGGGACUUAUAAAUCUCUUAUAUUUCUUUUCCUGUGACAUGUUUUAUUUUGGUGAAUCCCUACCUUUCCAGCCUGACCGCAUUUUGUUUGUUGAAUUGGUAGAGCUUACUCUGUAAGGAGCAUACAAGACAAACCCCGGUUGUUUUUUCCUGGUCCUUGGCCGAACAGAAAUCUCUGGUCGGUAUGAAUAGUUAUUUUGCUGAUUGGUGUAUUAUCAGAAAUCUUUGUUUACUUUCUCUCUCUCAUUCUCACUCUCUCUUCUCUUUGCUCUCUCCCACUCCCCUCUCCCUUCUCUCUCCUAUAUCCAAUCUCUCUAUUCACUCUCCUCCUCCCUCUCUCUCGCCUCCCCCCUCUCCCUCUCCCGUCCUCUCUCUUCCACGUGAUCUCUCUCGCCCUUUUUUUGGGCCAAAUACUAAUCUAAUCAGCCAUCCGAGUGACCUUGGAUUUGGGCUUGGGCAGGAAUUAUAAAAGAAAAAAAUUAUGUUGGAGUCCACUUGAAGCCUGAUUUUUUUUUUUUUUUUUGUGAAUCGGACCCAAGUUGCAUAGAAACCUGACCUCGUCCAAUUCCAUCCGUACGAGCAUGUGAGCUUUUGUUGUGCACUGCUUACCCCAAGAGAGAUCCGGGGCAAAAGAACUAUGAUAUUUUAUUUUUUUUUGGGUACAUCGGCGGCUUACACCUGACGACUAUAAAAACAGCCAACAAAAUUUAAAAAACUUAUGUUAAAUACCAUAAAUUUAUGCUAGCGUUGGAGUGGGUUGGCCAAGAAAUCUUGCAUCAUCAAGAGCCGGUCUUUCAUGUUCAUUGUUAAGGUAUUUUAAAGCUGAGAUACUGGGUUUUUUUUUUCAGCCGAACUUGUGGAGGUGUGGGAAAUGCAGAGCCCCUCUUCCGUUUUUUAGGGUCAGGGAGGCCUAAGUUCAGACUGCUUAUACUAAUCCUCCCUGACUUCACCAAUUUUGCUGCUAAAGCUGUGGACAAUAAGGACAUUCACGGACUGAUCAAGAUUUUCAGGCAACUUGGUUCAUAAAAUAGAAUUGGACAAUUAUCAGCUAUUUAACAGCAUUGAUAUGUGUUUUAAAAAUCAAAAAUAGUUGAAAAUAAAAAUGAUUGUGAAAUCUGUCGACUCUGGAAAUCUUGGCCAACUUCAUAAGGCCAUGAUGGGCAAGAUCUCAUAAGGAAAUUGGGGCAAAAUAGGAAGGCGUGAAAUAUCACAGAAUAUCCAUUGAUAUUGUUUGGCACAAUAUCUUGGCAAAUAAACUGGUAUGUUGGCCGAGAUCUCAGCUGAUAAACUUUGAUAUAUCAAUAUUAUAUUGGUUACCAUAUCAAUAUUUGGACAUUAUUUUGUAUAGGAAUAUCUCAUAACAUAUGGUAUAUUGGUACAAGCUAUAGCUCAGCUGACCCAAAAUCUCUGUUUAAACUAUCAAUAUUUUGAAGCCAUUUUUGGCAUUGUCGAGAACAUAGUUGCUUGGCGGCUAUUAUUCUGAUUAGCCUCAGAAUGGGCUGUCGAGGUUAAUUAAUGCCCUGCAUGUGGCAAUUCAUAAAAUAUCUAAUGUAGCAAUUCAUAAAAUAGUUUCCCUAUGAGCCGUUACAUAUAUUGUCAUUCAAUUUGUAAUACCAUUAGUUUUUCUAUAGACAUAUAUCACCUCAUAAUCUAUUAGUCUAGCCUCUAUUUUCUAAUAAUGAUGGAAACUAGUGUAUGAAGAUGGUAAAUUAGAUAGCUACCUAACAAUUAUCAAAAGUCACCUUCAAGUAUAAUAUGAAAAGCCUUUAGAAUGUUCAAUGUGUAUUUUAAACCUUUCUAUGCAACACGCAAUUCUAUUAUAUGAAUUGUAGUAUCAAAUAAACUAACACCACUGCUACAAUCAGCACAGUGCUAUCGUUUCUAAUGAUAAAGCUUGCUUCAUUCGAUUCUCCUUUAUUUUGAAAGCUACUAUCAAAAUUAAUCUAGGAAAAAAAAAUAAAGGACGAUGACUUCCAAAGGAAAUAAAUUAUAUGUAGAAAUAGAGAACAUACGGAAUAGAAACCACAGCUUUUUUUUAGCUAUCAAAAUUUUUUUGAACGCGGUUACUUGCAAAUACCAAAGACUUUGGAGGGUGGCUAUGAUUUCCCUCGUAGUUUCAUUGCCAGGCGAAAGCUGUCGACACUACCAAGUGGGUCCGUCACUCAUACCGGCCGAGGACAUCCCAGUAUCAGGCACGAUUCGCUUAUGCGUUCUAAACUUUUAUUUGUCACAAUCGUCUUGGCGAUUUUUUUCCUUUUUCUUUUUUUAUCAGAUUUGCUGCUGCAGGGCGAUGAAGCUGAUUAUAUCCACGCUCUCACUCUCUCCGGUGGCAUAAUGCGUAAACGGAUAGAGAUGGUUCUUACCAUUGACCUUUUGUGUGUGCGCGCGCGCGUGUGGUGCUUUCAUUGAAGAAAACAUAGUUCAAUAUGUCAGCGCAGAAGCCAAAUUCAUUCAACAUCUUGGGCUCAUAAUUUGAGAGGCAAUGUUGGAAAAAUCUUUUAUAUAUAGAAUCUCUAGCUGCUCAUACUAAUCUCGCAUGAACAUUGCUUACAAAGUCAAGAAACAAAAUAUUCCAUAACAGUGGAGGGAUAGAUACACAACGGGUCCAAAAAAUUUCUCUAAAAUGAUGAGCAGCAAAGAAGGCAACUCAGUCAACAGCUCUUUUCGUCUUCCGAAACACAUGGCCAACCUGAAAAACAAUACAUUCUUGCAAUAAUCGUCUAACUUCCUCUAAAAAUGAAUGGUCGAAGGUCCUCAGCCUUUUCUGCAGAAUCCACUU